AUGUCUCUGCUGCAAGUUGAUGACCCAAUCGAACAGAGCUCAGCUACGUUAAAAGAGCAGCCCAUCUCAGAUCACACGUCGUCGAACUCGACCAUGAGCAGCAGGACGGCCAAUUCGUGCGUCCAAGGCCGGGUGGAAGAUAUGGCAGCUUCUGGACUCCCACCCCCGACCCCAUUCAUGAACGACGCGUUCGACCCGUUUGACCGUGAUUUUGCAGCCAAACGUCGGAAGGACGGUGAUGUUCAUUGUGAUUGCCGUACUCCAGCGCAUGCAGAUCCUGGGAGCAGCCAGCAGUCCAUGUCUCAUACUAGACUUCGCUUCAGGGACCGCGUGCGCCAUUUCACGUGGACGUGGUUCACAAUGACCAUGGCGACCGGUGGAAUUGCAAAUGUGCUGGCUCAUGUCCCGUACCAAUUCCCCGGUCUGUACGCGCUCGGCUGUGUGUUUUUCAUCCUCAACAUUGUCCUCUUUGCCUUCAACGUUGCCAUGAUUAGCGCGCGCUUCUAUCUCUACCCGUCGACGUUCAAGGCGAGCUUCCUGCAUCCGACGGAGUCACUGUUCAUCCCGGCGUCUAUCAUCUCGGUCGGCACGAUCCUGCUGAACAUCUCCGAGUUUGGCGUCGGCGACAAGACAGGUCCGUGGCUGACGGACACGAUGAUUGUGCUGUACUGGGUGUACUGUGCUGCGGCGAUCCUGGGGUCCAGCGGGAUAUACCUCAUCAUGUGGUCCACACAGACAUUCACAAUCUCCCAAAUGACACCCGUUUGGAUCUUCCCGGCCUACCCGCUCCUCAUCGUCGGCCCGCAUGCCUCUAACCUCGCGAGCAAAACCUCCCCGUCCGCCGCGCUCGAGAUCAUCAUUGGCGGCGUCGUCCUGCAGGGCAUCGGCUUCAUGGUCUCGCUCAUGAUCUACUCGGCCUUCCUGUACCGUCUGAUGACGCAAAAACUGCCAAAGGAAAGUCUGCGCCCGGGCAUGUUCAUCAGCGUCGGACCCAGCGGCUUCACGAUCUCCGGUAUUGUUGGCAUGGGUCAGUUGGUGCCGCAGGUUGUGGGUGCGGAUUUCAUGGGUGAUGGGGUGCUUGCGGGCCAGGUUACGAAGAUUGUGGCGAAUUGGGCGGGGUUGUGGUUAUGGGGCCUCGCAUUCUGGUUCUUCCUCGUCUCAGUCUUCGCCCACUGGUCGCCCGCCACCCGCGGCACAAUGCGCUUCGCCAUGCCCUGGUACUCCUUCAUCUUCCCCAACACCGCCCUCACAACCGCCACUUUCGCAAUCGCCCGUGCGUUUGGGCCCCACCAUCAUAUAUCCACAUCCCAACGAACAGAUCUCGCUUCCGCAUCCUCCCAACCCGGUCUCCCCGCCCUGAAUAUCCUCGGCUGCGUCAUGACGGGCUUGCUGGUCGUUGCCUGGACGGCGGUGUUUGCGGCUAUGUUGCGCGCGGUGUAUUUGAGGCAGAUUCUCUGGCCGCAGAGGCAGGAGGAUCGGGAUGAGGGGGGGUGGGUUAAGAAGGAUGAUGAUGGGGAGGAUGGGGAUGAGGGGGAUGAAGAGGUGGUGGUUGAGGGUGAGGGGGGUGAGGGGGCAAAGGAGGGGGUGAGGAAAGUGAGGACUAGAAGGCCGAGUAUGUUGGGGCGUGCGAGAGAGAGGGUUCUGAGGGGUGCAGAGGGGGGUGCGGGUGGAAAUGGGAAUGGGCGGGGAAUAGGGGAUGCGAAUGGGGUGCAGAAGAGGCGGGGUGUUGAAGAGGUGGUUUAG